UUCACUUGGUCAACCGUCACUGCAUAUUACUGUCAGCUGUACUUUGCACGUGGAUUUAUUAUUUAUUAUCAUUUUAAUUAUUUUUGUUUUUGUUUUUUCCCUCUGAUUUCGAAAUUUAAAUUUGUGCAAACAUCUUAUUAAACUGAGGGCUUCCUGUGCUUAAUUAUGUGAAAUAGAGUUUUAACUGGGUUGAUCUACCAGCAAUCAGGAAGAAAUAACAUACUUAUUUAAUACAGAAAAAAUGUACCGGAUAAGCAGGAUGACUUGCCCAUCUCUGUCCCGAGAACAAAUUCAUGAUUUACGGGAAAUGGCUGAGAUGACGAAACUGAUGGACUUGGCCAUGGCGGAAAACAAGUCAAAGGUCAUGACCGCUGCUAGGUUGAACCUUGCGGAGUACGAAGCUCUGAAACAUGGUGUUAUCCAGAUUAUUCUGCCACCUCCGAUAUUUUCAACGAAUCUCUGUAUGGGGUCCUCAGCCUAUUGUACGCCUAGAUCCACUGGAAUUAAGGGGCUGGAUAAGUUGUUAGACGGUGGAUUGUGUGGAAGUGAGAUUCUUGAGCUUUACGGGGACAUUGGAACCGGAAAGACGCAAAUGUGCUUUACCAUAUCCUCUCAAAUUCUAAAGUCUGAAGAUACUGUAGCGUAUUUUGACCUUAAAAGCAACUUUUCGGCUACCAGAUUGCUUCAGUGUUGCGGAGGUGGACCUGAAGCACGAGAGAGAUUGCGUAAUAUUAAAGUUAUUCGACCAUGCAACCUGGUCCAGGUGGUUGAAGACGUCGAAGAAAUACGAUGUAAAAUUGCACAUAGGAAAGAUGACUUUUGGGCAAGGCUGAAGUUGAUAAUAUUUGACUCGGUGCCUAUGAUUAUUUACCCCGUGAUUGAUGAGAGUGUCGCUUCCUGGAGGCAUUACCAAGAAAGAAUUAUAGAGUCCAUUCUUAAGUUAUUCAAAUUAAAUGACGGAAUUGCUGUGAUAUUUGUAAAUCAUUCCGUAACUCAAAGAUCAUAUGGAUUGUCCACCAAAAGCCUAUUUCGUGGAAUCGUGGACCAAAGGAAUUUUACAACCAAGGCAGCUUUAGGAUCCAGUUAUUGGGGACACAAGCCAAAUUUCCGUCUUUUACUCCUUAAAAAUCCAAAAAUUCAGGGUGAAUACAGUGCUACCUUGCGAAAAUCGGCAAGGACAAAGUGUGGACAACAAUUUUCUUACGCCAUUGAAACAUUAGGCAUCAAAUCCUUUUAAUUUAAAUUAAAAUAUUUAUUUUCUUCCGUAGUUAAAAAACCGAAAUAAAUCAUACACAUGUGUCAAUAUGACUAUUUGCAUUA